AUGACCUUAGUUGAACAUAAACUCAAGCUGCUUUCUUCCUUUGCUGAUUUUUGUCAUGAGAUUGAAGAGUGUGAGGCGAAUGCUAUGAACCUACCUCCUGACAAAGCCAGGUUGCUGCGGCAGUAUGACAAUGAGAAAAAAUGGGAACUGAUUUGUGAUCAGGAACGAUUCCAGGUGAAGAAUCCUCCCCAUACAUACAUCCAGAAGCUCAAAGGCUAUCUGGAUCCAGCUGUAACUAGGAAGAAAUUCAGGAGGCGUGUUCAAGAAUCUACACAAGUGUUAAGAGAACUGGAAAUUUCUUUAAGGACCAACCACAUCGGAUGGGUCAGAGAAUUUUUGAAUGAAGAGAACAAAGGCCUUGAUGUUCUAGUGGAGUAUCUGUCAUUUGCGCAGUACGCAGUAACUUUCGACUUCGAAAGUGUGGAAAGUACUGUGGAGAGUUCGGUGGAGAAAGCAAAGCCCUGGAGCAGGUCCAUUGAGGAUCUGCACAGAGGGAGCAACUUGCCCUCCCCUGCGGGCAACAGUGUGUCCCGCUCUGGACGACACUCAGCACUGCGCUAUAAUACUUUGCCAAGCAGAAGAACCUUGAAAAAUUCAAGAUUAGUGAGUAAGAAAGAUGAUGUUCACGUCUGCAUCAUGUGUUUACGAGCCAUCAUGAAUUAUCAGUAUGGUUUCAACAUGGUCAUGUCUCAUCCACACGCUGUCAAUGAGAUUGCAUUAAGCCUGAACAACAAGAACCCCAGAACAAAAGCCCUUGUCUUAGAGCUUUUGGCAGCUGUUUGUCUUGUCAGAGGCGGGCAUGAAAUCAUUUUAUCAGCUUUUGAUAACUUCAAGGAG